AUGGUUCUAGAUCACAAACAACCCAACACUCCUCUUCAAACCACCAUGGUAACAUGGCAGCCCCGCCGCAGGAUCUCCCUAUUCAGACGGCGGAAAGUCCAAACGGUGAGGCUAGGCGGCAAGUCACCACGGCGGCGAUUAAUUGGCGGGAUAGUGAGAAUAUUUAGAAGGAUGCGUGUAAAGUGGCUUAAAUUACAAUAUAUUAAGCUGUUCAAACGGCUUAAAGAACAUUAUAGAAACCUUGUGAAAGAUCUUAUUGAAGCUGGUGCUACCGUUGAAACUUUUCACCAACGGCUUUUUAUGGAAAGCACUUUUGCUAUUCCUCUUGGUGUUAACUUAUCUACUUAUCCUUCUCGUUUUGGAUCUGAUCACCCUCGAACUAUCUUCAUGUAA